UCCAUGGCCACGUCGAGCAGAACCUCCAACCUGCCCAGCGAAGUCUCCUGUCCCAUCUGCCUCGAGGACUUCCAAGAUCCUGUGUCCAUCCACUGUGGCCACAACUUCUGCCGUUCCUGCAUCACUCACCGUUGGGAAUACUCCAUGGAAAAGUUCUCCUGCCCUCAGUGUUGGGAGACGACGUCGGAGAGAAGUCUCCGCCCCAAUCAGGAGCUCGCACGGAUCCUCCACAUAGCUCGUCGGCUCAGCCUCAAGGGGAACCUCCUGGACUGGGAGAAGAAGAAGGAGAAGGAAGAGGAGGAAGGAUGUGAGAAGCACCAGGAACCUCUGAACUUCUUCUGCAAGGAGGACCAAGUUCUUCUCUGCGUCAUCUGCCGUGAGUCACGAGCUCAUCGCUCCCACUCCGUGCGUCCCGUGCCGGAGGUUGCUCAGGAAUACAAGGUACAAAUCCAAGCUCAGCUGAAGGUCCUGAAGGAAGACAGAGAUAAAUUCCAGAAGUUCAGGGAGGCUGAAAUGAGGAGAAACUGGGAAUAUUUGGAGAAAACCGAAGUAGAAAGACAAAGGGUCCUGUCCCAGUUCCAAGGGUUUCGCCUGGUCCUGGAGGACCAUGCCUGUCAUCUCCUGGCUCAACUGAGGGAUCUGGAGAAGGACUUGGAGAAGAUGCAGGAAGAGAACAUCACCAACCUGACCAAAGAGAUCUCUCGCUUGGAUACUUGUAUCCAGGACGGAGAGGAGAAGUGUCAACAACCAGCCAAGACCUUCCUGGAGGACAUCACCAGCACUUUGAGAAGGUUGGAAGAGGAGAACCUCCAGCUGCUCCACUCACCUCUUCCAAAGCUGGAGAAGAGAAUCAACCACUUGAGGGAGAAAAAUCUUACUCUGGAGAAGACUCUGAGGAGCUUCCAAGACAUCCUCAUGUUUGAGCUUCCGGAAAAGAUGCCGGUGACGUUGGAUCCCACCACGGCUCAUCCCCAGCUCAUCGUGGCCGCGGACGGGAGGAGUGUGAGGUGGGAAGACAAUUGGUUGGACUCUCCCAUGGAGGUGUUUGGUCCCGAUCCCUGCGUGUUGGCCCACGAGGGCAUCACCUCAGGGAGGUUCUGCUGGGAGGUGGAGGUAUCUCCUGUGGGCUCCUGGGCUGUUGGGGUGGCCAGAGAGUCCUUGAAGAGGAGGGAGGAGGUUCCUGAGAACCCCGAGAUGGAGUUGUGGUCCAUGGGGGUGUGUGAAGGUCAAUUCUGGGCUUUGACCUCCUUGGAGCGCAUCCCUCUCUACCAAGUCCAGGUCCCCAAGAAGGUCAAGGUGUCCUUGGACUACGAGAAAGGUCAAGUGGCUUUUUUUGAUGCUGACAAGAAGGUUCUGAUCUUCACCUUCCCAGCAGCUUCCUUCAAGGGGGAGAGUGUCCACCCUUGGUUCCUGGUGUGGAGCGAAGGGUCUCAGAUCACCCUGUGCCCCUGA